AUGUCCGAGUUCAAGUCGCGCCAAGUGUCCAAGAGCUUCCAGGCAGGCGAAGUGAGCGACGGAGCGGGGGCGCAUGUGCACCGCUCGAUCGGGUCUCCGCGUCUGUACAACUUCGACCCGUUCCUCAUGCUGGACGAAUUCAACGUCGGUCUACCUGGCGGCUUCCCAGAUCAUCCACACCGCGGCUUCGAGACCGUCACGUACGUGUUCCCAACAUCCAAAGGUGGCAUGAGGCACGAGGAUUUCAUGGGCAACAAGGGCGAGCUCCGAUCGGGAGAUCUGCAGUGGAUGACGCCUGGUAGAGGAAUUGUACACGCGGAGAUGCCCACGAGCACCGAGCCUGCACAAGGCCUGCAGCUCUGGGUCAACUUGCCCAAGGACAGGAAGAUGAUCAAGCCUCGCUACCAAGAAAUCAGACGGGAGUCGGUGCCCCAUGCGUUCAAUGCAGACAGAAGUGUGGAGGCCAUCGUGUUCGCUGGAGAAGUCUUCGGCUACAAGGGGCCAGUUGAGACGGAGGCCCCCGUGACAUAUGUCCACUUCAUUCUCAAGCCUGGAGCUCGGAUGGAGUAUACUAUCCCAGAGAGCCACAAUGUGUUCGUGUAUGGUGUUUCGGGAACGGGAAAGUGUGCGGAUACGGAUGUUCAGGAGCAUGAGGCGAUUGCGAUGGGGGACGAAGGCCACGGAGUUCUGCUGACGGCGGCAACGAAUGAUAACUUGGAGGUGGUAGUGAUCACUGGGGUUCCUCUAAACGAACCUGUGCACCAGUAUGGUCCAUUUGUGAUGUCUUCGAGGGAGGACAUUCAAAACACCCUGCGGGAUUUUGAUCUUCGCACGAAUGGAUUUGAAGAUGCUCAUGGAUGGAGAUCCGAGAUUGCCCCGCGUCGUCGACACCGCUAG